CCCCCCCCCUCCCAUACCGCACACGCCUCCUCUUCCUCUCUUGCACCUGUUCCACUCAGUCUCGCAGGAGUUGAAGCCUCUCGACGAGCUCGCGCGUGUCCCCUCAUUGUUCGGUACGGCGGCGUCGCGAGCGAUGACUUCGACGUACAACCUGGAUUUCCACCCUCUGACCGAGAGCCGGUUACUGAGUUCGGGCGACGCCAUCAACGGCAACAAGAUGAACGGGUCGCUGGAGCACUUGGACCAGCCGGACCCAGACACCAUUAAGAUGUUUGUGGGCCAGAUCCCACGCUCUUGGUCCGAAACGGAGCUGAAGGAGCUGUUUGAGCCCUUUGGAGCUGUGCACCAUAUCAACAUCCUCCGCGACCGCUCCCAGAACCCCCCCCAGAGCAAAGGAUGCUGUUUUGUAACUUUUUAUACAAGAAAAGCCGCAUUGGAUGCCCAGAAUGCACUGCACAACAUAAAGACCUUAAGUGGGAUGCAUCAUCCAAUCCAGAUGAAGCCUGCAGACAGCGAGAAAAACAGCGCCGUGGAAGACAGAAAACUCUUCAUCGGGAUGGUUUCGAAGAAGUACGGGGAGAACGAGGUCAGGAUGAUGUUCUCGUCUUUCGGGCAGAUUGAGGAGUGCAGAAUUCUCCGGGGUCCAGACGGCCUCAGCAGAGGCUGUGCGUUUGUCACAUUUGCUACCAGGUCAAUGGCACAGAAUGCAAUCAAAACCAUGCAUCACUCUCAGACUAUGGAGGGUUGUUCCUCCCCCAUGGUGGUGAAGUUUGCCGACACACAGAGGGAUAAGGAGCAGAGGCGCCUGCAACAACAGCUAGCACAGCAGAUACAGCAGCUCAACAGCGCCUCCACCUGGGGCAACCUGGCGGGCCUGGGGGCUCUCACACCACAGUACCUGGCCUUGCUCCAACAGGCUACAUCUGCUGGUAGCCAGAGCAGUUUCAGUGGUCUUCAGAGGCUGGGAAGUGUCAAUCCUCUGCAGCUGCAGAAUCUGGCCACGCUAGCUGCUGCCGCGGCUGCCGCUCAUACCUCUAGCAGUCCCUCCUCCACUAAUCCCUUAUCUGCCAAUGGUGGAGCUCUAGGAGCUCUGGCUAGUCCAGCUGGUACAGCAGCGGGCUCCAGUGCAGGUGCUGCUAUGAACACAUUGGCAUCCCUGGGAACUCUGCAGGGUCUCACUGGGACCUCUGUCGGCCUCAACGCUCUCACCAGCAGUGUCAGCGGUAUGGGGGCCAUGAACGGAGGCCUAGGGGCCUCCAUGGCCAACGGUUCAGGGGCCAGCUCCAUGGACGCCCUGACCCAGGCCUACUCAGGGAUGCAGCAGUACACUGCCUCCGCCCUGCCCUCCCUCUACAGCCAGUCUCUGCUGCAGCAGAGUGCUGCGGGCAGCCAGAAAGAAGGGCCAGAGGGGGCCAACCUGUUCAUUUACCAUCUACCCCAGGAGUUUGGGGACCAGGACAUCCUGCAGAUGUUCAUGCCUUUUGGAAAUGUGGUCUCUGCCAAAGUCUUCAUCGACAAACAGACCAAUCUGAGCAAGUGCUUUGGGUUUGUCAGCUACGACAAUCCGGUGUCAGCGCAAGCCGCCAUCCAGGCCAUGAACGGCUUCCAGAUCGGCAUGAAGAGGCUGAAGGUUCAGCUGAAACGCUCAAAGAAUGACAGCAAACCCUACUGAUACUACCCCCCAUAUCCCCCAGCUCUCAUGUUAGCCCUGCUAGGAACAAAUCUCCAUGCCUGUUUGCUCAUCAUUAGCCUAGCAUGUCUUCAUGGUGUUGAAAGCCAAGCCAAUCUCCUGGCCUCAUCAUCCUACCAUUGUCUGUGGUGUCUCUCUAAGCUCGCCUGACCAAUACCUGGCCACCCACUGACCCUUGACCUUAGCGCAACCUGAUUUCUGCAUGUAUAUUCCUUUGUUUUACUGAGAAAAAAGAAAAAACCCAAAAAAAAAAAAAAAAAAACAAAAUGUGACCGGUGGGUGGGAGAUCAAUCAAUGUGAAAACUUAGCUAUGUUCAAUUCAUUUAAGAGACUUUUUAGCAAAUGUCAAAAAGCCUGUGGUAUUUUUUUUUUUUAAAUUUGACUUUUGCUUGUUCUUUUUUUAUGUUGCUUACUUUUUACCUCUCAGUAAAGUUAACUUGAAAGUUGAAUACAGGGAUUGUGGCACACAGCUGUGCUAUUUGGUGCCAUUAGCAAUAUGUUGGCUUCUAAAACAAAUAUCGACCACUUUCCAACACUUUUGAAACUGAUCUGAAAAACCCCUCAGUGCUCUCUAAUGGUUUAUACAUUUUGCGGGCAGAGCAAAGAUUUUCACCGAGGCUGUUAAAAAAACAAAAUAAUAAAAAAAAUACCUUUUUUUUUUGUUUGUUUUCCAUUUAUGAAAAUAUCCAGUGUAUCUUGACUUUUUUUUUUCCCUCUUUCAAAAAUAUUGACGGCACAAUAAAAGGGUACAUUUGCUCUGUCUAGAGAAAUGAAUACCUUCAUGAGUCAACUUUUUUAGAACUGAUUCACAACUAGACAAUCUGUGGUUUGAAUGCACACUUAGAUUACCUAUAUUUUAUACCAUUGAAUCUAUAGAAGUUUAACUAACAGAAACCCACGCAAAAUUUUGGGGUUUUUUUGUAGAUUACGUUGUAAUGUCAUCUAUGUCAAAAGGGGAAAGGGGGGGGGGUCUUCAGUGUAUCACAUUUUUUAAAGACGACUAAAAUCAGUUUGCUUGAUCAACACAGCCUUUUUAAGUGUCAUUUCUAGUAAAGUUAAAUGCGUACUUAAAUCCA